AUGAGUACUAGUUAUGAUGGCUUCGACAUCGAGGAAGACUUUACACUGGUACCUGAAGAUGCUCUUCAAAACCUGGCGCCAAAGGAUGACGAGCUGCAACAAAGGGCUGCGCAAAAGGAAGCAGAGAAGGCGACAAAUUGUGCUAGGUUCGUCGGUUAUAUCCCUGGCUCGUGUCGUAGCUCUUACAACUUGCGCAGAAUCUUGACAGAAACUUUCGGUCACGCUGGGUACAAGGGCAAGCAAAAGGAAAUUAUUGAGGCCGCUAUUUCUGGAUUGGAUGUCUUUGUGUUAGCACCGACGGGAAUGGGCAAGGUAGGAGCUUGUGCUUUCAGACUUCCAGCAAUCGCAGAUAAGUUCGGUAUCUCCAUCGUAGUUUCACCACUAUUGGCCCUGAUGAAAAACCAAGUAUCGAGUCUGCGCCGCAAGGGGCUCCCUGCAGUUUCUUGGACAUCAGACACGCCGAAGGGUGAACGAGAUCAGAUUAUCGAGGACCUUGAAUCAGGGAAACCCCAAACUCGUCUUUUAUAUACCACACCUGAAAAACUGUGCACGCGUGAAAUGAUGCGUCUCCUUGAGGUCGUUUACGCCGAGGGCGAACUUAACAGACUGGUUGUGGACGAGGCGCACUGCAUCUCUGAGUGGGGCCACGACUUUCGUGAAGAGUAUCGCAAGUUAGGUGCUUUCCGGGAAAGGUUCCAUGGAGUGCCCAUCAUGGCCCUCACAGCAACUGCUACCGCGAGGUAUGUCCUUCAUACCGCAGGUAUUUCCCUACUUGAUUAUGGCCCUGCCGUUCGGUACAUACGUUCGGUUUGUGAUGCCUCCAGUGUUCAAACAGACAUCAUACGUAACCUCAAGAUGUCGGAAGAAAGACUAUUUACCGCUACGCACCCCUUUAAUCGUGCUAACUUAUUCUACGAGAUCAAAUACACUGCGGCGCUCGACUCCCUAUCUCGUAUGUCAGCCGUGCACGACUUCAUAAUGACCCUACACCGUCGUCGGGCCCGACCGAGCUCUGGAAUCAUCUACUGUCGUACCCGCCUGGCGUGCGAUGAGCUAUCGGCCUUUCUGAGGGGAAAAGGAAUCAGUGCUAGGCCAUAUCAUCGCGGAAUUAGUUCUCAUACGCUUGAUAAGACAUUGAGCGAAUGGGAAGCAGGUGGAAAUGGCGAUGGUGGUGUUGACGUGGUAUGCGCAACCAUUGCUUUCGGAAUGGGGAUCGAUAAAAGCGAUGUCCGGUAUAUCAUUCACUACGACCUUCCGAAAAGCUUCGAAGGGUAUUAUCAAGAGACAGGACGAGCAGGCCGCGAUGGCUGCCCAUCCAAAUGCGUCCUCUAUUAUUCUCGUGAAGAUGCCUACCGCCUCCGCAAGUUAGUAUCUGAUAGCCAUGCUAAGAGACAGCACGUAGCAAGCAACAUGUACGGUCCUCAACCUAGUCAAAGAUCCAUCGAUAGUUUCAGUGCAUUGAUUAAAUUUGCGGAGAACGCGACUGUGUGCCGACACGUGUCCAUCUGCAAGUAUUUUGGUGAAGAAAUCGACGCUCACGAUAAGGAGGUCGUCAAGAGCUACUGUGAUAAUAUGUGUGAUGUGCGUCUUUUCCUUUCUUCAGUGCAAACCAGGGAAUUGAACACGCCCAAGGUCUGCAAAUACCCUGAUAAAACCCUGCGCAGAAAACAGAAUCUCUCCUCAGAGGACCACGUUGCUGCACUGUCGCACUCACGCUCCUUUAAUGGAGAUGCACUGGACGACGACGACAGGGGUUCAUUUUUGGCGCCUCAGAAGCCUCCUCCUGGUCAGCGCAAUGUUGUUGUACAGACAGCAAAUGGCGGGUUGAAGAGGGCCAAUGCCGGUCCUGCCGGUUCGUCCACGAAGAAGGCAAAGCUAGAGCCCCUGCCACCUGCAUUAAUCACGAAACCUUAUAGUUCUGUCAAUACCCUAAGGAAGCCAUUCAAAACACCGUUCAAGGUGCCGUUCAAACAGCCUCCACAAGAAGCGCGUGUUAUAGAGUCCUCGGAUGCUAAGCAAACUACCCAAAAGAUGAAGGACGAAACCACGAUGAUGACGAGAUUGAACGAUGUCCUGGAAGAGGAGCCAACGGACGUCGGGCAAAGUUGUGGUGAUGCCUCCAUCGAUAAUGAACCUCAAGCAGACCUACCCGAGAUUGAUAUCGAACUGGAAGCGAGCAUCUCCAAGAAGAUACCCGAACCAGCGCGGAAGGAAGUCUUCCACAGUCUUAGGCAAGCUUUACAUAGAGCCCUCCGUUGGAACGAUAGUGAUGAUGGAAUGUGGGUCAAUUUGAGCAACGCUCCAUCCAACACCGAAGCAAGACAUCUUGUCCUGGCAGAGACUGCUAAAGAGAUAGAGUACUCUGUGCACACAAUGUCUGCCACCGAGUCUGGUUAUAAACAGAGAGCAAAGGCGAAACUGGACGUGGUCAAGCUCAUGGAGCGCAGGGAAAGUCUUUGGCCGAUUGGCGCGGCUUAUUAUGAUGAGGACGAAGAGGAAGCAAUCGAGAUGAUAGGAUCGUUGAGGAGCAUUUGCAGUCGCUGGAGAAAGAUUGGUAAAAGAAAGGCUCCAUAA